GAUAACCUCGCCCCCAAGAAGAAGCCCAAAUCGCCGAAGCCCGAGAACGCCAUCACCAUCGCGGUGUCGUCGCGGGCACUUUUCCGCAUGGAGGAAGAGCAGAAGAUUUACAACGAGCAAGGGGUGGAGGCCUAUGUGAAAUACCAGCUGGACCAUGAGAACGAGCCCUUCCUCCCUGGGGCUGCCUUCCCCUUUGUCAAGGCGCUGGAAGCGGUGAACACGCAGCUGCGUGAGCUCUACCCCGACAGCGAGGAGCUCUUCGACAUCGUCCUCAUGACCAACAACCAUGCCCAGGUUGGGGUUCGCUUGAUCAACAGCAUCAACCACUACGAUCUGUUCAUCGAGAGGUUCUGCAUGACGGGAGGGAACAGCCCCAUCUGUUACCUCAAGGCCUAUCACACCAACCUCUACCUCUCCUCCGACGCCGAGAAAGUGAGUGGGGCCAUUGAAGAGGGGAUCGCUGCAGCCACCAUCUUCAGCCCCAGCAAAGACCUGGAGGUGUCAGAGAACCAGCUGCGGGUGGCAUUUGAUGGUGAUGCCGUGCUCUUCUCUGACGAGUCGGAGCAGAUCGUGAAGGCUCACGGCUUGGACAUGUUCUUUGAGCAUGAAAAGGCUCACGAGAACAAGCCUCUGGCACAGGGACCCCUGAAGGGCUUCCUGGAGGCCCUGGGGAAGCUGCAGAAGAAGUUCUAUUCCAAGGGGCUGAGGAUGGAGUGUCCCAUUCGCACCUACCUGGUCACUGCCAGGAGCGCAGCCAGCUCGGGAGCCCGGGCCCUAAAGACUCUGCGCAGCUGGGGCCUGGAGACGGAUGAAGCUUUAUUUCUGGCCGGGGCUCCCAAGGGGCCACUGCUGAAGAAGAUCCGUCCUCACAUCUUCUUCGAUGACCAGAUGUUCCACGUGGAGGGAGCCAAGGAGAUGGGCACUGUCGCUGCCCACGUCCCCUAUGGUGUCGCCCAGAAGCACAAGCGGCCAGAACAGGAGAAGCAAACCCCGAACAGCAAGUAGCAGAGCUGGGCUGGUCCUGCGGCCCCCGGCGUGCGGCACAGACUUCACCCCGUGUGCCACGCUCUGACCUCGGUGGUGGUCUGCAAGGCAGAGCGCGUUUGCCGUGGCGAGCGCGAGGUUAUUCCCCAGCGGGAGCCUUGUCGGGGCACGGAUGGAGGAGGCGGCUGACAAAAGGCUUCCUUUUGCCUCUGUAUUCGUUGCAGUGUCGUGGCGUUGUCCCCAUUCCUCGCGGGGCCGGAGGCUCCCCUGUGCUGGGCAGCCCCACGAGCCGUUUCCGUGUUCAUCCGUGCUCUGCGCUUGCUUCUGGCAAAAUCCCUCGAGGAUGGAUCUCGCCUUUUGUGGACUGUUUGUGCCAGGCAGGUUUAACCUAUUGGCGUUUCUUUAAAACCCCAGGUAAUUCCCAAAGCCUUUGAUUUACAAAGCAAACGUGCAGGCUGAACUGUUGAACGGGAAAGUUGGGAGCACGCAAAAACCCUUCUUGCAGCUUUGAAACAAAAUGUUGACCCUUCUAAGUAAAAUUAAACCAUAAUAUUUUUCCUUCACAGACCCAGCCCCCUGCUCCCCAACCAGAAAAAUCUUUCAUGUCUGUCCCUUCACCAAGAUUUUGUCAGUUGAACAGCUUUCCUUUCAUGCACUACAAUUUGGGAAAAUAGAAACAAACGUUUAUAUAUGCUAAAAAAAAAAAAAAUAAUCCUGUUUCCUGCUUGGAGCUUUGGGCUAGCGUAUUGUUGGCCUAGGUUUUUAACUCUGGGUUUCACAGUUGCAUGAGUUAGCACUUAAAAAUAAUAAUCUCGGUGAGAUGGCCAAAGCCCAACUCUUGGGUGAGCCGCCCGGGGUCUGCAGACACAUGCCUAGGGCCUGAAUUAAGUUAAAAGCAGGCCCUGAUCUAUUAGGGACAUCAUUUGAAGUCCAUUUAAGUAAAGCUGCAGAGAAUUUCAGCCUGGGGGGUUUAAUUAAAGGAUUUUUUCCCCCUUUCUAGGCUGAGCCCAUAUGAGUUGAUAAUCUUUUUCUCCUCUGCUUCUUAAAACCUCUGGUGUUUCCUAAAAUAGACACCUCUGCUAGUGAUGCUGGGAGAGAGAACCAAAUCCCUGGUUAAAAAACAGGAAGAGAUAUCCAUUGGAGAGCUGCUCCGAAACCGGUGUGAAAAUCACACUGAUGUUGCUGCACAAAGCUCUGUCCCAGAGGACGCUCUCUGGAGAAACAUUUCAAGA